GCCAAAGUAUCCCAAAUUCCCAAUCAACAACAAAGAAGUAGACAUUUGCAUCUAAGCUAUGGAAGAACGAAGACAUUUUGCUGGAAGAUCUUGUUGUGGUGAUUGUGAUACAGGAGAAAAUACAGAGGAAUCACAAUUAUUAUUUUUUUUUAAUAUGUAAGUAGCUCACUCUAUCUAAUGGCCUCUGUUUUGCAAUCCAGCAUAGGCUGAAUUAUAAAGCAAGGGACUCAUUUUCUUUUGGAUUGCAUAAUAGAAGUAAAUUUUUCUUCACUCUUGUGUAGAGAUGUAAACCUCACUGUUCAACUGUGAAACCUAACGAUGCUUUUUCUCUCUGAAAUACUCUUUGCCUGCGGUCACUCUCAAUCCUUCUCUCUUUUCGAUCCAAAUCCAUCGUGUGGAUGCAGCACCGAAUACUCGAACUCCGACCACAAAUUCCUCACCGUCUGCAAUGUGCUGCCACACAACCUGCACUUAUCGAGGAAGCGCAGGGGACGAAACACUGCCGUUAGCGGUAAUCGUGGAUGGGAAUCGGAGAUGGAAGCGCUUGAGAGGCUUGGGAGGCCAGUGUGAGUCUCUGAGAGAGAUGCAGGAGCUCUGUUGCAAGUUCGGAGUACUAGUUCUCAGUCUCUUUGCCUCUUUUAGCGAAAAUUGCUUUCAUCCCAAAGUAUUAAAUUGGCUGAUGGCUUUCAGCUCGAGAGUUGAUUUUGACAAAACGGGAUAUAGCUGCCCUACCUGGAUGGCUUCUGCAAGGUAACAUACUCUAUUUGCUAUUUAAUACAAACUAAUGCAGAAACAGUUGCAUCUCACUUACAAAAGAAUUCCACCUGUAAAGAACUUCACCGCUUUAAAUUAAAAUUAUAUCCUUGUUAUUUCCAUGGAUCUCUCUAUGGUUGUGUUAGCAUAUUCGGUCUGCAACCAAAUAGUUCCUUGUCGUUCUGCAAAUUUUUGUUCGGUAGCAGCAUCCUUAUAUUAGAGGUUGGCACGUCCUUAUCUAAGGAACAAAUCAUUAGAAAAACA